CUCUUGUGCCGUGCAGAUUUGUGCUUUCAUUCUGGCUCCUGGUGCCGUCUUUUUUUCUUUUCUUUUUUUAAGUAUCCUAUUACUGUUGCACGUCCGCUUGCUUUCAUAGUUACCAUUAAAGCUCGCUAUUAUCAUUUUGUAUCAUCAGGGAAAAAACAGCCUCGGGAUGAUUAAAACACUUAACAUCGUGGGUAGUUUUGUGAAUUUCGCUUUUCGGUUUCACGCUACAGUAUGCGGAUUAGAAAUCCCUGAGGUUAGUCGUAUAACAUUUGUUGCAUUCUGCUACUGUUGCCGUUCUUUUGCGUCGCUCAGCGUGAGCCGAGAACACGCCAUUUGUGCUUGGCAAGAAAACAGACCGGUCAUACUUUAAUAGUGGGAGAAUUCGCCCUCCUGCGGCAACCAACAAACACCCCUCCCCCAUCGGUGGUUGUUUUCAUUCAUAAGUUUUUCCUUCCGCCCUGCUCGUCUCCGGGAUCUGUUUAUCAAUCACUUCUUCAAUUGCAUUCACAGAGGGCGCAGCUCUCCCGUUUUAACUUGGAGUACGGCUGCAUGUAGGCGAAUAUAGUGGAGAAGAGUAGGCUGCUUACAGCAUGCGGUAUCAUCUACACAUUAUCGAGAGAUACUCAAGGGGAAUUGACGUUUUUUCCCAACAAGACAAUAGUGUUCGUUUUGCUUUUUGCCGUAAGAGACGAAUGCCAUGGACUUUAAAAACCGCCCCGAGACUAUACCGAAUUUUUGUUUAGUUUUUGUUUUACCGAGGGUUCAUAAAUCAAGCAGGAUUUCAGAUGCAUGCCAAGUCCGCGGUGAACGUCGGAAGUGGUGAUCGCCCCAGAUGGAGCACCAGAGUCAGCGCGGUGGCGGUGCGCUAGCUUCCCUACAGCAACCCUCGCCAGAGGGGCGGCCCCGGCUCGAGUUCGAGAGGGACCUCCAGCGCACCGCCAUCCUCUCGCUGGACCAGAUCAGGGCCAUCCGCUCCUGCAACAACUACACUGAGGGCCCCACUGCCCCCCGGAGGGCAAUCCCCCCAAGGGCCGCGCCCCGGUCUGACAAGCAGGAAAGAACUCACGAGGUCAUCAACAUCAACAACAACUACGAGCACCAGGCCCCCGGCCACACUGGGACCCAGUACGGGCCCAGGGCCCCAGUCCUGAGCCGGUCCACAAGCACGGGGAGUGCGGCCAGCUCGGGGAGCAACAGCAGUGUCUCUUCGGAACAGGGCCUCCUGGGCCGCCCCCAGCCUGGCCGCGUGAGCUCGCCGCACCGGCCGGACCGCGCCGUCCGGACUCAGCCCAAAGCUCGGGCCCCACCUCCCCCAGAGGAGGUGCUGAAGCCCCCCGCUACGUGGAAGGAGGAGGAGGACUGUGCUUCAGGGCACCGGUUUGUGUGCGAGCAGUGCGGGAGGUGCAAGUGCGUGGAGUGUACGGCCCCCAGGACGCUCCCCUCCUGCUUGGCCUGCGGGGGGCAGUGUCUGUGCUCCGCCGAGACCCUGCUGGAGCACGGCACUUGCAUGUGCCUGGUCAAGGGCCUCUUCUACCACUGCUCCAAUGAUGACGAGGGAGACUCGUGCGCCGACAGCCCCUGCUCCCUCUCGCGCUCUCACUGCUGCUCACGCUUCCUCUGCAUGGGAUUAAUGUCGGCCCUCUUCCCCUGUUUACUGUGCUACCCGCCCGCCAAGGGCUGUGUCAAGGCCUGCCAGCGCUGCUACGACCGGGUCAAGCGGCCCGGCUGCCGCUGCAAGAACUCCAACACUGUCUACUGCAAGCUGGAGAACUGGUCACCUCCAAGGGCACCAGGAAAGCCUUCUUGAUUCUCCCUGUUGCAGAUUGGACAACUGGUCACCCAUGAAGGCCCAGGGAAGCCUUUCUUAUUCUCUCUGUUGGAGAAAGAAAGGGGUGGUUUCGUUUGUGUGAUUAUAAUGAUGAUAAUAAUAAUAAUUAUUGAUGUUUAUCAAAAUGUUUAAGCACCUCCCAUCCCAAUCUCUCACCCCCUCUCCUAUUUUCUUCACUGCAAAACUCUUUUUGGCCCAAACUUGGAGUUUGGGGGGAAAAUAACCACUUCUCCACCCCCUCACCUCCCUAUCCCCUUUUUCAAAUUUUGCAACAGGCCCCUCUAAAAACCAGUGUUUGCCUUGUCGUGUCAUCCUCAGAUACUUAUUAACACUCUUGUCUCCUUGUAAAGACUUUUUUUCAGCUAGGAAGUUCUCUUGUUUCUUCCAGCUUUGUGUCAGAGUAGCCUCUUGCCAAAUCUGUGAAGGACUAUCUGGAAAAUAUGUCACUGUUACCGGAUAUCCAUAGCAACCAAGGUUGAUUUCUCUCACUCUCCCUCCCCACUUCCUACUUUAACCUCAUCACUGGCUGCCACAUUUAAGCCAUGAUAUUCUCGUGCUCUAGUGGCAUUUUUGGAAGUACAUUUUUCUUGUAGAAAUAUCUGAAUUUUUUUUUAUUCCCCCCCUCCCCUCCCAUCGCGCUCCCAACUUUUUCAUUCAGUCUGUGGCAUUUUUUGUUGUAAAUUGUAUGUAUAAAUCUUAAAGAUGAAAAUCUGGCUAUUUUUUAAAGAAAAAUGUCUGUCAAAACAUUUUUGUUGUAAAGAAUAUUUAUUAUGUCAAGCGCUAUUAUUUUAUGAUAUUUAUUGCAAAAGACAGUCUUGAAAAUUUACUCAUGUCUGAAUAUAACAAAAUAUCAAUACAUACUGAAAAAUUAAAGGGUGGCACAAAGAAACUAUGUUAACUGUAAUGCAGAAAAUAUAUUAACUAAUGAAAAA